GCGUGUCUACGAGAAUGACAGCUCGAGCUCUCUGGCUGCUCUGUCUCCUCGUGGGAUCCGCUCCCGAGGCCCCGGGGGCGGAGAGGAAAGCCUCGCCGCCCCACAGCAGGAAGCCCGGCCCCGGCGGCGGCCCGAGCGCAGCGGAGACGCGGGGGCCCGGCGCGCAGCCCGUCCCCCAGGCCCCGCGGCGCCCGAGAGCGGCCGAUGCCGCCCCCGGCCCCUGGCCCGACCCGCCGCCCCGGAAGCCCCCGCCGCCCGCCGAGAACCGCGCCGGCUUCCGGGAGGCCGCGCGCGCGCCCGCCGGCCCGCCGAGCCCGCGCCUCGCGCAGGCCGAGAACCGCCCGUCCCCGCGCCGCGCGCCCGCGCCGGAGGGCCCGCGCCGCGCGCGCGCCCGGGCCCUGCGCUUUCCCGCCGCGCGCGCGCCCGCGCGCGCCCGCGCCGCCGAGGCCCCGCCCGGCCCCGCCCACCCCAACCGGCCGCGCGCCGCCGCCGCCCCCGGGCCCGCGCCCGCCGCGCCGCGCCUCGGGCCUCCGCGGAGGAACGCGGGCCCCGGCGCCGAGCCCUGCGCGCGCGCCUGCGGGGCGGACCUGGACGAGCGCGAGGCCUACUGCGCCAGCGAGUUCGCCGUGAACGGGAUCGUGCACGACGUGGACACGCUGGGCGCGGGCGUCCGCCUGGUGACGCUGCUGCUGGCCCGGGACGGGCUGUACAAGAUGAGCCGCCUGUACGUCGCCCCCGACGGCUUCUUCCUCCGCGUCCACCUGCUGGCCCUGGACGCCGCCGCCUGCGGCCGCCCGUGCCCGGAGCUGAAACCCGGCAGCAGGUACAUCGAUGGGCACAUCUACCAUAAGAGACGGCAGCUCCCGACCUCUCUGCUCCAGGUCCUGAGAGGCCGCCUUCGACCGGGAGAUGGACUGCUGAGGAGCAGCAGCAGCUACGUGAAGAGAUUUAACAGAAAAAGGGAUGGGCAAGUUCAAAGUGCAGUUCACACCCAAUGCAUUUGACACUUGCCGUCCUGGCAUUUUUGGAUCAUCGGAGACUUGGAAUUCAGCUACAAAAAAGGAAGGUCUAUUAUGGCGUAAUGGGUUUCCCGUUAGAAUAGGGCACACAGCGCCUUUGUGAACUCAUUGCAUAGUUAGUGCCAUCUCUAACCUUGACGUCACCUUCUUCCUUACCAAAUGGUUCUUAAAUCGUGU